AUGGUUGUUCAUAUGUCUGACCACCAUGGCUCACUUGCGGACCCGGCUUUACUGGACAAGAUCGACAAGCUAUUUGCUUGCAACGUUGGUGAAUACACCAACCUACCCCAACUUGUUGUGGUGGGAGAUCAGUCUAGUGGUAAAAGCUCGGUAUUGGAGGGGUUGACAAGGCUCGCCUUUCCUCGAGAUAGCGGCUUAUGUACUAGAUUUGCUACACAAAUCAUCUUUCGAAGGACCGAGACUGGAGAGAGAACUAUUACUGCCACUAUUAUACCAGGCAGCAACGCAACUAAUGCUUCUCAGCUGAGAGAAUGGAAGGUAACGGAUUUGCAGUCUCUGGAUGUUACUGCAUUCUCUAAGAUGAUGACAGAAGUCCACGCACUCAUGGGUCUUUCUAUAUCAAAGGAAGACAGUUUGCCAACAUUUUCAAGCAACGUGUUGCGACUGGAGAUUUGCGGUCCGGAGGAAGAUCACUUGAGUGUGAUUGACGUGCCUGGCAUUUUUCGAAACACGACGCCCGGGGUUACGACCAAGGAGGACAAAGAUAUGGUACGAGGAAUGGUUCUUGAAUAUAUGAGAAACCCACGCUCUAUCAUGCUCACAGUCGUACCGGCAAACGUGGAUAUUGCAACUCAAGAAAUCAUUGAUAUGGCGAGAGAGAUAGAUCCAGAAGGAAAUAGAACAUUGGGAGUUCUCACAAAACCAGACCUGGUCGACAAAGUUAGGUUGGAUCUUGAAGAGAACUUUCGCCUCACCGCGCCUUGGAACAUUAUUAGCAAAGAUCGUUUUGGUAUCCGGGCCUUGAAGACCCGUUUGCAAGAAACCGUAACCGCCAACGCUCGUGAAGCCUUCCCACAUGUACUUGGGGCGGAACGUGACACCCAAGAGCAGCAGCUGGCAUAUCUAUUAGGCAUCAUGGCCUCUUUCCAGGACAUCACGCAGAAAGCUUUGUCCACGAACUACAGCUACAGUGGUUUUUUUGAUAGUCAUACAGAACUCCGUUUUGCUACGAGAAUUGUGAAUCGAAAUGACAACUUCUCCACUGAUAUGGCUUUGUGGGGGCACAAAUACAAGUUUGCGCAAGAUUCUGAUGAAGAUAAUGACUCUGAUUCGGAGGUAAAUCACGAUGAUGACGACGGUAUGGAUGACUUCCUUGCUCCAGCUGAAGUAGCAAAAUUGGAAAUUAGAAAAGUCAGCGACGUGCCUGAUUUGGAAGACCUUCUUCACAACAUGGAGAUACACGAUGUUAUAACCCCGAGGACUCAGAUACGCUCUUGGAUUGAGAAUCAAUACCGCAACUCACAAGGCUUUGAAAUUGGGACGUUAAACGUCACCUUGAUUUCCACGACCAUGAAACAGCAGUCUGACCAUUGGACAUCAAUCGCACAUGGCUAUAUUAGCGACGUGGUUACCAUGACGCACCGAUUCAUUUUAACAGCCUUAGAUAUAGCUUGUCCAGAUGAUCGAGUUCGGCGCAAUUUGAUGUCGGUCUUGAUGGAAAGGCUUUUGGAUCGAUACAAAAAUGCUAUUGACAAAGUGAAUUUUCUUCUCAAUGUCGAACGAUCAGGGACACCCUUGACUCUCAACCACUAUCUCAACUCCAAUAUUGAAAAAUGUCGACAAAAACGGUUCUCGUCCGUUGUAGCGAAGAAAACAUUUAAUGAUAAUUCACACGGAAAAGUGGUUCGAUUGGAAGAUAUAACCCAUCAACAUCAUAUGAGCAACGAAACGCAUGCCGUGCAGGAGAUUCAUGACAUACUGCAGUCCUAUUACAAAGUAGCCCGAAAGCGGUUCGUGGACAAUAUUUGUUUGCAUGCGGUAGACUACCAUCUCGUGACAGAUCCAGAAACUCCAAUGGGUCUGUUUUCUCCUUCAUUUGUGGGAAGCCUUUCUAAAGAACAGCUUGAGGAUAUUGCUGGGGAGGAAGGGGCACUGAAGCGCAAACGGCGUCAGCUUGGUAAGAAGAUUAAGGAUCUUCAGGAAGCUAGAAAAGUACUAUUCUGA